GUCACCAAUCAAACUGAAGGCGGAGCCGCAGCCGAAAACAACCGGAAGAGAACGCGCAGUAACAAUUUCUACUUGUUCGGAAACUUUUACACUCUACCACCGUUAAUGGACUUUAAUGCCUAUUAAUUUUAAAGCGUCUGUUUAUAUUUCCUAUUUUAUUCGGACUUGUUUGUGAGCCUGUGGUCGCUUUAAGUCGUCCAGGAAGCACGGCUCGUCCGUUCGGUUUGUUUACAUGAAUCAGCUGACGAGCUAACGUUAGCAAACUUGGGUCACAUGAGUUUUUAAUUAAACACCAGUGGUGUCCCUUUAGACGGAACACUGUGCUAGUGAAGGUAUUAAGAAGAAGACCGGGCUGCGGUGGUAACAAGUGAGACAUCGGGAGCAUGUCAGCGGGAGAAUACGCGCUGUAGCGGGUAACGGCGUUAGCUACAGGUUCCCGUGUUUGUUACUGGAUCCGCGGCCUGUUUUAAAAGGCCCUGCGGUGUCUUCAUGAUAACAUGCCCUUCUCCUGCCGGGACUGGAGAAGAUGGAUUCGGCCGCUGGUUGUGAUCCUGUAUAUUUUGCUGCUGAUAGUCGUCUUGCCGCUCGUCAUCUGGGAGCUGCAAAAGUCAAAGGUUGGAACUCAUAACAAAGCAUGGUUCAUUGCUGGGAUCUUUGUGUUCAUGACCAUACCUAUAUCAUUAUGGGGCAUCCUCCAGCAUCUGGUGCACUACACCCAGCCAGAGCUCCAGAAACCUAUUAUCAGGAUAUUGUGGAUGGUCCCAAUCUACAGCUUGGACAGCUGGAUUGCACUAAAAUACCCCAGGAUUGCGAUUUAUGUGGACACAUGCAGAGAAUGCUACGAAGCCUAUGUCAUCUAUAACUUCAUGACCUUUUUGCUGAACUACCUGGAACGCCAGUAUCCCAGCUUGGUGAUGAUGCUGGAGGUCCAGGAGCAGCAGAAGCACCUCCCCCCGCUCUGCUGUUGCCCACCUUGGCCAAUGGGAGAGGUGUUGCUGCUGCGGUGUAAACUUGGAGUGCUGCAGUACACUGUGGUAAGGCCCGUCACAACAGUGAUCGCUCUCAUCUGUCAGCUGUGCAACGUCUACGACGAAGGCAACUUUAGCUUUAAAAACGCCUGGACGUACCUGGUUAUUUUCAACAAUAUGUCACAGCUGUUUGCCAUGUACUGCCUGGUUCUGUUCUACCGGGCCCUGAGGGACGAGCUGAGUCCCAUCCAACCAGUGGGAAAAUUCCUGUGUGUCAAAAUGGUGGUGUUCGUCUCUUUCUGGCAAGCUGUGCUGAUUGCUUUGCUGGUUAAAGUGGGAAUAAUCUCAGAGAAACGUACGUGGGACUGGCAAAGCGUGGAGGCGGUAGCUACCGGCUUACAGGACUUCGUCAUUUGUGUCGAGAUGUUUCUCGCCGCCAUCGCGCAUCACUUCAGCUUCACCUACAAGCCUUACACCCAAGAGGCAGAGGAAGUCUCCUGCUUUGACUCUUUUAUGGCCAUGUGGGACAUCUCAGAUGUCAGAGCGGACAUUUCUGAACAAGUCCGCAAUGUCGGAAGGACGGUCAUGGGGCGCCCGAAGAAGUCCUACUUCAGCGAGGCGCAGAACGACGGCGAGCGAUCCGGGCUUCUGUCCUCGGCGUCUCAAGACGCCAUCACAGAAGCCGCAAGCAACCAAGGUCAGUACGAGGGGCUGGGAAGAACCCCCGCGCCGCAUUCCUUGUCAGCGCCCGCAGGGUUGGACUCGGCUGCGUGGGAGGAAGGUUUAGAGAAUGAAACUGACUCAACCCACGACGACGAAAGGACAAAUCACACCAAAGAACCAGAAGAGGCCGAUCUCAUAGUCAUCACUUAAGCUGGACUGGCGUCACAUGACUGGGCAGGCCCCAGUUCCACCGCUUUGUAAAGUAACUCAGACUUUAAGGUAAACGAAUGACACUAAGGAGAUUCAGAUGAGCCUAAGCAGCAAGACAUUUUUCUGUUAAUGACGGCUGUAAGAAUGUCCCGUCAAGGCUUCGGUCUAAUGUGGCUUGUUAUUAACACACAUUUUAAUGUUUUAUGUUGUAUGACUAAAUGACUGUGCCUCAAAGUCCUCACAAUAAAAUCCGUCAUAGCCGUGAAAA